CCGGAAACAUCAGCCGGCACACUGUUGCGUACGCCUUGCAAGCAUCCAAGACACCGGCACUAAGCAUGGCGACCGCAGAAGGUUUGCACGUUCAAAAGCCUGUUGCGCUCUUAUAUAAUGUGUCACACAAGGCCGCUCAGGCUGUGUCACGGGUUUUGCAGGAGUGGGUAACCUUGGAUAGUUAUUCCAAGUUGGCACUCCUCGUCAAGCAGCAUGCUUCGUCGGUUGAGCAAGCCUUAUCGGGCGUCUCCCUCGGCCUUGCGGGCAUUGUUUCAUUGGCAGACAUUGCGACCAGUUCUCAACGCACCGUUUUAACAGGGACAGCGACUCUCCUAGACAGUCUCGUGCUCUGUCCAGGUAUUCAUCGGCAACAAUAUGUCGCCGAUCUCAGCAAAAGCGAGUAUCCAGCCGCAGCGAACAUGGUUACGGGCUAUGUCUUUCGCAUCGAGAACCCAGCCACCGUGUACUAUCUCCAGAGGGUUGGAAAGACUGGCUCUCUGACCACUGUCGCGGUUACCAAUGUCCAUGGGCACUCUCCAAGGUCACCAGGGAUUUUCUUCUCCACUGCUAAUGCCACUUAUGUCGCUAUGGUAGCAUAUUCUGGGGCGGUCUUCCUUGCCAUCACCGCGGUCGGACUUUUCAUUGUUUUAGAAGACUGGUGGGCUGUAUCCUCCACGGCGGUUUUGAUGUUUGCGCGCCUCCUUAAUGUUCUCCUGAUCCGCCGACGAAGCAAAUUCGAGUGGUCGGGUGCCCGUGAAGAGGACGAACCGGGUGAUCUCCUGGUUCUGCUCAGCCAGGACCGCUGGAUUAAGGUGGUUGGCAAGGUGGGUGACAUCAAAGCUGUGACGUCCGGUCAAUGGGUUCGAGAUAUGUCAGCUGCGGAGAGCUGGAUAGCUGCGUUCGCCACGGUGAUGGUCUAUGUUAACGUGGUCUUGGUCAGUAAUGCAACGCAGGUGGGAAAGAUUGGACUCGUCUUCUUGUUGACUGUGUCUGCGGGUCUGCUUGCAGUGGCCAACCAGUCGACAGAGAAGUUGCAGAUGCACGGCCACGUUCUCAGUGUUACAGCCCAACCAAAACGUUAUAAGAGACGGCUUGAUCUGGCGACGGAGCUGAUUGAGGAGUAUGGGGGAAAGACCGAAUGGGCGGUCGGGAUGGGCCUGGUGAGGCACGAGGAUAUACUUGCCCCGGGAUCACGUGGCCAUUCAUCCCCAAUCCAGCCUGUGAUCAUGUAGGACACAUCAACAGCUGCAUUGUGAGAGUCAAUGACCAAUAGUACGGAGUAUAUCUCUGGGGAAACACAGUAAUUAAAUAAACAUGAUAUCAUUGGUG